AUGUGAUGUGUGGUCGUCUUUGGAUAUCCUGUUUGUUUCUCCUGUCAUUUUGGCCCAAGGGACAAGAAAGUCUGUUUGGCGAGCAGGCGAUGAUCAGGCUCCUGUCGCACAAACCGACACUUGAGGUCACGUUGAUUUUAGUGCUCCAGCGUCGGAGCGUGACUUCGCGAUCGCACUAGCCUACUUUGGCACAUUCGCGCCUGCCUUAGACGCUGAACACACCAGCCCGAAAACACGACCUUGAUCACGGCCGUUCAGGCCGAAUUCCGGGCAAGACACUCACAGUGACCAUCAUGGACGCUCCGCCAGGACCUAAACUGCUACAGCAGGCAGAGAAGAUUCUGCUUCACCCCAUCCACCCGCAGUUGAUUUCCUACUGCCCUUCUAUGGAUCUCAUCGCACUCGUGACCGACGAAGAAAAUUUGGAUGUGUAUCGCAUCAAUGGGCAGAGAGCUUUUGGACUCAAGCGCAAGAGCGAGUACGUUGUGGUUGAGGCGCUGAAAUGGCAAUGGAACGGCGCGGGGUUGGCGGUUGCGUGGAGCGACGGGUGCGUAGACGUGCUGGGCGUGGAAACGGGCAAGGUGGUGCACGGCAAUAUCAAGUUACCUCCGCCUAGAGAUGGAGAUGAAAGUACAGUCAGUUGCCUUGGAUGGGGACUGAACUUCAUCGAUGCAGAGAGGGUCAAGAAGAGGACUGGGGAGUCUCAGAGCGGCAAAGGUUCGGCCAAGAAGGAUCUCAGCAACCUUACGACCGAGGACUGGGACGCGUUCAAAGACGAAACCAAUCUGGAGGACUUCUUGCAGCGCCAGCCGGACUUCGCAAGCUUGGAUAUUGCGCCAGAUCUUCCUGAUCGAUUGGCCGUUAUGGACACUGAAAGUCUGCUCCCAAAACUUCCUGUUAUACCGCUUCCGCCUGCUAAUCCGAUGAUGCGAUUCAUGCGCCAACCGGUAGAUUCUGGUGCAUUCAGUGCGCAAGCUGAAGUCGAUGGCUUGUUACAUUCCCAGCACUUGCGAGAUCACAACAGUGUAGAUAUGUUUCUCAGAUUUUCAGAAGAGGGCAGCGUGCAUCCGAGCAUCUACGACUCGAUGGAGGCUGUGGACGUUAGACUCCCUCGGGGUUGGAAUCUACAGAGCAAGGUGGUGAUGCAUGCGAGCCAUCCGUAUGCUUGCACGCAUUCGCUUCUCAUGGAAACCAGAUCACCGGCGAAUACUCAGAAGAAGAUCGCAUGGGUACCCCUAACGCUCGGAUUCAUACCCUCAGCGGGCAUCUAUCUCCACCUCAUCGCGGCUAAAACCGCACAACUCCAGAACCUGCUAUCAUAUCUCUCGCACACGCUAAACCGUAUCCACACGUAUUUCAAACAAGCCCAAGAUCUGCCGGGCAAAUUCAUGAUGAACAUCAGCGAAACGCUCGAAGAGCAUAAAGAAGGUAACCUCGUGCAGAACCUGUAUCAUCUCGCUUGCACCGGACACUGCCCUCCGCUCAUCCACGAAUGGCUGGUCGACGAACUGGGCGAGCAGGGCCACAAGCGCUGGGACAAUGCCGUGACGUCUGGCCUUGCUAUUGUCAUCCAACUCCUACACGAGAACUUCCUACCCGCACUGGACCGCUGCUCAAUUAUUAUCUCGCGGCUAAAGGGUCUUGCCGAAUUUCGCGAUCGGGACUGGAUUUUCAGCGGCCCCUUGACAGACUUCACUGCUCUCCUUGACGUGCUGAAAACGAUGAGACUCCUUGCGAAUACGACGUUACUGUACGCUGCGGAUGAAAAACGCUACUUCAACAGCUUCAGCAAGUGGCUAAAGUAUAGCUUCGAGUUCGAGGCCACGGAGCCGGGAAGCCAGUCCCGAACGGAGAUGGAGUCGCAGCCUGCUGGUGUCGAUAUCGGUAUCGUUCUCGAGUACAUCCAGUACGGCAUGUCCAAAUCCGAUGUGCAACCCUACCUUACCAGCGCGAAAGAGAUUCCUGGCGAGGCGACUGACUACGACGAUACCCGUAAGGCGAUCGAGCUCUUACGAGGGGGCGGCAAAUACAAGGCGGAGGCGCUGUGCCUGGAGAAAGUGCUCUUGCAAUUCGGCGGCGGCGUGCGGAAUCUAUUGAAACAAGUGAGCCAGUGGCAGGAAAACAACAUCAGCAUGGACAGUGGCAUCGUGCUCGGCGAGGGCGACGUCGGCGCGCCGCUAGACAUGCGCAUGGUAUCUGAGCCCAACAUAGACGCGAUAUCGACGUACAUUGCCCUUCCCACCGCUACUACACCGAGCCAAUCCCUCACCAUCCAUCGCCACACCCACGACCCCCGCAUAUCCAGCCUCCCAUCCUCCCUACGAGCCUCAUUCACAACAGCUCUCAAAGCAGUAUCUCAUGGCAUCCUCGACGCCAAGUUCGCAGACGAUUCGACGCUCCUGCUCCUCCUACAAUCUACCGAUGCCGCCAAAACCUGCUCCAUCGUAUCGCUCGCAUACACCCCUGCCGGCAACGAAUCGCUCGCCACGAAAGCUGACCAAGUCGUCGCGUACUCGCCUAUUCCUUCAAGUACUAUCAAGUCUGCUAUGCUACCUGCAGGUCAUGCUCUAUCUAGUUCGGCACACCACACCAUCGAGCUUUCUGCUGAGAUGGUUUCGAAACACACGCGGCACGUGUUCGAGGGGCGUUUCACGCCGUUGAGAUUGGUGGUUAAUGGGAGGAAGGGUAGGAGGGUGGUGGUCGUGCUGGGGAGCGAUAAGAAGCAUUAUCGGGUUCUUGAUUUGGACUUCACUGAGAAGAGAGGAGGGGAGAAAGGGGAGGGGGAGGAGGAGAGCAGCGACGAGGACAACGAUGUUGAGAUGGGUGGGGCGUAG